AUGUCGGUCAAUGAAGGUCAAAUGCUCAGGAUCGAACCCUUGUACAAGAUGUGCCCGGAAGAAGAGGCCUUGCCAUUUUCCAGUGGAGGAGCAUCGAGUGUCGGUGUCAGAAAGCUAGAAGAAAAUAUUGCCAGAAGUGGAAGUUCUGGGCAAAUUGGGCCUCAAUCACAUCUUAAUCAGAUUCCCGUAGGAGGUACACUGUUCAUGGGCGACGAAGACGCCAACGUUCCUCCGACUCCUCACACAUCUGAUACACUCCUGGAGAAUCAAGAUCAUAUCAGAUGGGAGAGGAUUUCUAAUGCCAUGGGCCCGCCCUUGCAUGUCCCAGAGACCCCUCAGAGGGAACAGGAGGACGACCGUCACCAAUCAAGAUUUUCCAAGAACCCUCUGGUUGAUAGAGAUCCAUCUUUUGCACAAACGCCAGAUGGUCGAUUCUGGUAUAUGGGGCCAACGUCGUCAUGGUCCUUCUGUCGCCGUGUCCUGGCACUAAUAGGGCGAAAAGUUCCCGAGUCAAAUUGUCCACCUGAUCCCUUUCAUAUAGAUGGAACAGCUUUCAAAUUACACUGGCGGCCAUUUCCCUCAGAUGAAGUACCUGAUGUCACCAAUUUGCCACCAUUGGAUUAUGCACUAUUCUUAUUCAACACAGUCAAGUUCUACUUCGGCUUUCUUUCUUUCAUGAUUGAUGAACCGGCUUAUUUACGAGACCUGCAUGAGUUUUAUCGGGACCCGGCAGCUAAAGCUACCUCUGCAAGGCCUUGGUACUGCCAAUAUUUACUUGUCCUUGCGUUUGGAAAGGCAUUGUUGACACAAAAGAAUCCUUCUGGGACUCCGCCUGGUCAUCAGUAUGCAUCACGAGCGAUGGCCCUAUUACCCGACCUGUCGGGCAUUGAUGAAGAUCCCUUGGCCUGUAUCCAGGCAUUGAGCCUAGGCGCGGUGUAUCUCCAAUCCAUAGAUAUGAGAAGAGCGGCGUUUCAACAUAUUGGUCAUGCUUUACGUGGUUGCAUUAUUGAAGGGAUUCAUCGACACGUACCCGAGGAGAUAUGCGGACCCGAGCUUUCUAAGAGAUGCAGGACAAUAUUCUGGGUGGUCUACAUGUUGGAUAGAGAGUUUUCUGCUUUAAUUGGUGCACCGAGCUCGAUUCGAGAUGAGGAUAUCACCGUGAAGUUACCAGCGGAAUUGGAUGAUUCAGUGGAACACGUUAAUCUGACUUUACAUGUUCGACUUUCCCGGCUGAUGGCUAUAAUUUUGACGACCGUCUACGGAGUAGACAAUGAUUUUGAUGGCACUCUCGUUCGAAGUACUCAAUCAAUUCUUCAUAGCAUGGCCGAACUUUCGCAUGAUCUCACAGCAUUUCUCGAUACUCACUUUCACGGACUAAUUAGCCGAGCCUCUAAAAUGGCAAUUCGAUUGAUGCUGGCUCACCAUCAUUGCGUGGUUCUCACAACAAGGCCUUUGGUCAUGUGUGCGCUUCAUAUGCAUAUCGAACGAACUGACCGACAAACUUCACAAACAGUUGCUUUAUCUAGCCCUGUUUCAUCUCUUCUACAAUGUUGUGCCGAGUCUGCCCAAACUAUUCUCCAAACCCUUCGUAUUUUAGCUGACGAUGACUUGAUGGAUUCAUUUCUCCCCUUCCAAAUCGAAGACGCAUCGUCCUCUGCGUUCGUUCUCUACCUCAUUCGUGCAAUUGCCCCUUCGUUGAUUUCAAACAACUCUUGGUGUGAGAAUCUCGAAUGCGUUCUCGAUAAGCUCAUUUCGAAGGGUAAUUUGGCCGCGCCUCUCCGGAGGCUUGAACUGAGGCAAUUAGAGCAUGUGUUGGCACCUUUAACCCCAAAACUUUCCUUCCGACCAACCCCAGGAAAUGCGAAUGAAGCAGAUGAAAUAAGUGAGCAGUCAUAUAUGUUUGACCAAGACGAAUUCGAAUGGGAUAUGCUGGGGCUCAAUUCUUCGGUCAGCCUUCCACCACGAGAGUUGUUGGUUCUUGCAGAUCAACUAGACGUGGAGGGGAUUAUGCAAUCUGUCGGAGUUUGA